UUCAAGGUCCUGCUGACGAGGCAUACGAUGAAAAACGUUGUCUCGAACGAGAAUCACAGUACUUUUUCUUUUUGCUAUAUUUUGUCUUCUAUAAUAAGAAUAAGUCCAAAUCUUCUACUGGUUCGAUUAUGACUAAGCCAAAACCAUAUCUUUAUGUUCCCUCCAACUGACCAUACACAUCGUAUCUGCGCUUCAAGACUUUCCCUUUUUUCUUUGUUCCACUUUCUUGUUUGGUAUCCGAGAAAAAGCAGAAAGUAGCAAACCAGAGAAUUCAAACUUGCAAGUUUCACAGUGAAAAUCAAUGGGGAAUUCAUCAUCUAUGCUAACUCAAUAUGACAUUGAAGAAGUUCAAGAACACUGCGAUUAUCUAUUUUCUCAGCAAGAAAUAGUGUCCUUAUACCAAAGAUUUUGUCAACUCGAUCGAAAUUCCAAAGGUUUCAUUUCUGCUGAUGAGUUUUUAUCAGUUCCUGAGUUUGCAAUGAAUCCACUUUCUCAGAGACUUCUAAAAAUGGUGGAUGGAUUAAACUUCAAAGAUUUUGUGGCUUUCUUAUCUGCAUUCAGUACUAAAGCUAGUUUUCAUCAGAAAGCUGAAAUUAUUUUCAAGGUAUAUGAUUCUGAUGGAAAUGGAAAAGUCUCUUUCAAUGACAUCUUAGAAGUAUUAAAAGAUCUGUCUGGUUCUUUCAUGUCAGAUGAGCAAAGAGAGAGAGUGUUGACCCAAGUUUUGCAAGAGUGUGGUUACACCAGGGAAUCUUAUCUGAUGUUGGAUGAUUUUAUUAAGGUUCUUGGCAGUACUGGCCUAAAAAUGGAGGUUGAAGUGCCCAUUGAUUAAGUUCAAGUUGAGGUAUGGCUGUCCAAGAAAUGGUCGUCAAUGGUGAAAGAACCCUCCACAUCUGUACAUGUAACAAAAAUAAAGGCUGUUUCAGGCCAAAACUCAGACUCCAUUACUGUUUUACAUCGAGACUUCAGAUUAAUUUCAUUCCUGUGAUGAUAUAAAUAGUUAUAUUAGAAGAGUGUUAAUGGUUGUAAAAUAGAUAGUUAUUCUUAGAAUCUCUUAGAAAUACAAAAUAAGCUUAGUAUACAAAUAAAAAGGCAUUCACUUGUAUAAA